UGUUCCCGCCCCCUCGCCGACUCUUUCGGGCCUCUCUUCGCUGUGGCAGCUGCGGCGCCGCUCGCCGUCUCAGCCCCGGCCUUUCUGCCGCAGCCGAAGCCUCCUCCUCAUCUUCCUCCAUCUCCUCCAUCUCCAGCUCGCCUUGCUCGGCUCGCCGCUGGUCUGUUCCCGAAGGGGAGAUCUCAGGCCUCCGACCGCCAUGUCCCGCUAUACGCGGCCUCCCAACACCUCGCUCUUCGUCAGGAACGUGGCGGACGCCACUAGGCCUGAGGAUUUGCGCCGUGAAUUUGGUCGAUAUGGCCCUGUAGUAGACGUAUACAUUCCGCUUGACUUCUACACAAGACGCCCACGAGGAUUUGCUUAUAUACAGUUUGAAGAUGUUCGUGAUGCAGAAGAUGCUCUUUAUAACCUCAAUAGAAAGUGGGUAUGUGGCCGGCAAAUUGAAAUACAGUUUGCACAAGGGGAUCGCAAAACCCCAGGUCAGAUGAAGUCAAAAGAACGUCGCCAGUGUUCUCCAAUGGAUUACAGAAGAUCAAGAAGCCGUAGCCGAAGGAGGACACGUAGCCGAAGUUCAUCAUGGGGCUGGAGUAGAAGACACUCUGACAGCUUUAAAGAGCAUUCCAGCUCACCAAGACGAUCAAUCACACCUCAAAGAAAUUCUACCUCUCGAGGAAGAUCACGAUCAAAAUCAAUGCAGAGAUGUUCAAAAUAUGCUGAGAAAUCGCCAUCCAGCUCCCACCGAAGACGUUCUACUUCAAGGACAAAGUCACGCUCACAUCCAAAGCGCUCAGGUUCAGUUACCAGAUCGCUGUCUAAAUCUCCACGGAAACAUGCCAAUUCCAGUUCUCGCUCUAGAAGUUUCUAUCAGAGAAAUAGUAACCAGUAUUGCAGUACAGUUGUGUCAGUCUGCCAGAAAUAUGGAGAUGCUGAUGGAUCAGAUUUUCCAUUCCACCUAUGCAACUCAUCCCCCUCCCCCUGAAAUUUCCAAGCAAGAUUUAAGAGGAGAUGAGCAUGCAGAAGUGAGUAAAAAUCAAAGUAAAAUUACAUGUAAUUCAGUGCUUAAAUGACAGAUCUGUCCUUGGGAUAAGAUUAAGUGUUCCAAUAAUUUGGUUUUUUACAUUGUUUAUAUUAAUAAUUUUGCUGCUGUUGCCCUUAUUUUAAUUGGCACUAUUUGGUGUCUUUUUGGUGAUACCAAAAUUUUAUUUGAGGACAACCAUUCAUGUAUAUUCUUAUGACAAGUAUGUUUUAAGAAACAAAAAUUGAUAGGCAGGCACUGCAACUCAAGUUGUAAAGCUUCUUUCAAUUAAACCUUGUCUAUGUUUCUCUAAAGCAUGUUAACAGUGUAAAUGAGGAUACUUGUAUAACAUAUGGAGAUACAUGUAUGAUAUAAGGUAGUAGAAGUCUAACAUUUGUCAUUCUUAAGUUCAUAUUUAAAACUGAUUAGAUCUGGCAAUUUUACUUUAGACUUAUUUUAAAAGAAAGCAAUACUCUGGAAUUUUCUGGAAUUAAAAUUAUGAAUUUACAUGAAUGCAUUGUAACAUUGCAUUACAUUAGAUCUCACUUCUGUUAUCAGAUGGAGGUGAAUUUCAGGAAAUCAUUAUUUUCCCUUAAAUGAUAAAAUAUGGUUGAACAUUGGCUUUCUAGAUUGAAUGUGGCAUGUGAAAGGGUGUACAAGGACACCAGUGCAAAUAAAGUGCUAGAUCUUUGAUCAAUAAUAAAAUAAUUUGCCUGCAAAUAGAAAAAAAGCUUGAUAGUGAAAUGCCAAGUCUAGAUUUUUUAUUCCUGGAUGGGCUGCCUCUGCUGCAAAAGUUUAAAACAAAACAUAAAUUUCAUAAUGUGAUUUACAUUUGCAGACUGAACUCGUGCAGUUCAUUUUCUCAUUACAUACUGCUAUUUUGUAGAAACAGCUUUUGCUCUUAUGCAGCAAUCUUUUGCUCUGCAACAUGAAUAAUGAUCACAUGAUUAAUUUGAUUGAAAUUAGUGCUUAUGGAAAACAGGUUUUUUAAAAGGAAAUAAUUAGAAAUAUAACAUAAUUUGAGGUUAUUGUAAUAUAAGUUGUUAAGCACAUGAUUUCCAUGUGUGGUUAAAUGUUUUUGUGAAACUCUUAACGUUUGUUGUGUAAAAUUUAUCACAUCUAUAUUUUCAAAAUAUCAUUGUAGUAGGUGAUCAGUAUAGAUGACACCAAGAAGCAUUUUAAAUUCUAAGCCUAUAAUAUGAUUUAACAGUUAAGCGACUCAGUAUAAAGUCAUUAUUAGCGUGUUUAACUCAAGUAACAGAGGGUAUUCUAAUUUUUUUAAAAUGUAUUUUACAAUAUAUGACACUUUGCAUUGUGUAGUAAUGUUUGGAAAUUUACUAUUUGUUUUUUAAAUGUAUGGUAACUGUGAUGUCUGUUACAUGGUACAAGCACUGCAUUGUAUUAAAAUAAUUGUAGCGGCAGUAAAACUACAUUUCAUGAGCAAGUGUUGAGAGUAUCAUUGUUAUUUCAUAACUUAAGAUAUUUCAAUAAAAUACAUGCAGUUUU